GCGUCAGAGUUCAGGAUCUGGUCCCUAGCCAAACAUCCUCCUCCGGUCUUACACGGCCUCAGUCACAGUACGGGUGCGGCGCAGGCUUGACUGGUCGCCAUUUAUUGUGUGUUUGUGUCGUUCAACUGUUGUGGUUUACCGUGUGACACAGCCAGCAAAGUCCUUCUAAAUACUCCAGUGUAUUGCAUCUUCAUUAAAAUAACAGCUGUACUACUGACGUCAGUAAGAUGUGGAUCAGUCACUCUCGACACCCGUUUUGGCAGUGGUGGUGGAUGAUAGUGGUGGUGACGACUCUUCAGGUGAUAACUCCAAUAUAUUGUCAAGAUUGUAAGCACAAAUAUACUGUUAGUGCUUCAAUAAAUAUUUGUGGGGAAGCCUUCCAGUGCUAUUACAGUUGGAAAGGCAUACCACAGGAGAAAGCGAGCGCUCUUCAGCUGCCAGGAGGAAAGGUGAGGACUGUGACUGUAACUAGUGAUGCCUGGAACGAAGUCAUCAUCAGCAGCACCAACACGCACAAUAUGAUUGGUGACUUGUCGACAACGAACACUUUAAAAAUAACUCAAUUAAAUAUAUCAGAAGAGAUUCAUUGUUCAGAAAAAUACCAGCCCAUAAUCUUCACCAGCUACGGCACGAGUCUCUGGAGCUAUGGGGCAGACUCUUCAGAAUGUGCGUCAAGAAUUAAAGUCACUGCCACUAUACGCAUGUGUGAAGAUCACGUAAGUUAUGACCCGUUCUUCAGCAAAUGGGUCAGUAAUAUCACUGUGAUGCUGCCAGAAGUAAAGAUGAUAAACAGUAACACAAGUCAAAAAGGUGUUCAUCACAGAGUAGACGUUGUGAGAGUAAAUAAAAAGAAGCAUCCAGAAAACGCAGAAAAUUACAAAUUAACAAUACAAGAUUUUGGGGUAUCAGAAAACCUUCAGUGUUCAGAAACCAGCAUUGCUGAAGUAAUCAUUACAAAUGACAAAAUCACAUGGAACUGCUCUUCUGAUUACUCUGGUGGAUGGUGGAUAUAUGUUGUGGCAGGGGUAGCGUGUGUUACAACAGUUGGGUUAUUAAGCUUGUGUAUCUUGAAACGCUUACGAAGGCAGAAGGCAGGAGUGGGAGAAGCUCCACCGGUCACAGGCCCACAACCCUCCACUAUUAAUGCUUCCCCUUCACGACCAGCCCUCAAGACGACGCUGGACUGGACCCCACAGCGUCCCAUCACUCAGGAGGCAGUCACCUCCCACAAUGCUGACAGGGACCACUCAUGUAGUGAUCCAGCUGAACAUAUUUAUGAAGAAAUGUACGAUUUUGUUGCUCUUGGACUAAGGGGAACGUUCCAUGAGAGUGAGAACAGUAUAUAUGGUCUGCAGGGCACUUGAAUUGAGAAAUAUAACAUUGUUUUAAAUUAUUUAAAUACUAUGAAUAUAUAUUUUUAAUAGUGACCAUUUUUAAUUCAUUGUUGCCAUUUAUAGAUCAUCUUGCCAGAUUUUAUUGACUAUAUUUUAAGCUAUACAAUUUUCCAUCUUUUUUCCAGUUGUACUUGAUGAGUACAGAUAAUAAAAUAAAUAAUAGAAAUGUAUGUAUCAACACUUUUUGUUGACUUGAGGUUUUGAGUCUCCACUUUGCCUUAUUAUUAACGGUUAUCAGCCAUCUGCUUCUCUCCACAUGGUAUUUUAAUCAAACUUUCAUCAGUAAAAUUUUCGACAAGAUGUCGGAUUACAUUUUUUUAAUUGUAAGAUUUGCCUCUGAUUUAAAAACUCUAAAGAACCUCACUAAAAAUUCAGAGGCCAGAUUCACGAAGCAGUUACGCACGCACUUACGAACCUGUACAUCUUUUCUCAAUCUUUAGCGGCUUUGUUUAUAAUUAUUAAACAGGUAAUGAGCUCCGAAGCACCAG